GUUUUCUUUAAAUAAUCCUGUGACUUCACAACUUCUUUAACAAACAAAGAGAGCAGUUGGAAACCUUGCAUCUCCCUGCAGACGUUACACUUGUGCUGCAUAUAUCAUCAUCAACAAAAUCUUGAAUCUCCAGAAGCCAUAAUAGGAUCAUAGGACCAUCAAGAUUUCUCUGCAGGCAUAUUUAGAAUCUGAAAAAGAUGAAGAAUGCUAUUCUGCCACAAGUUUCAUCCCAGAUUUACAGUUUUGGCUGCAGUGAGGCUGCAGGUUUCUCCGAUAUCCCUUCGCAGAUAGAAAGCGAGUUAAACGUCUUCAGUGGCGACGGCUUCUGUAUUGAUUCAAACUUGUAUACUAAUCAAGACAACCUUGGAGGGGUGCUGGCUUUCUGUUCUGAAUCACAAAUCAUCUAUCAGUCUGAACCUCCCUCGUCGAUGGCUGUGAAAAGACUCGGCUGCCCUCUCGGUUUGGAUCGUGGUUCCAGCCUGCCUGCUUCUUCGCCUGUUGGUUUUUGCGAAUUUUAUCAGGACGUUCACAUCACGAAGAAGACAAGAAAGCGUUCUUCGCCCGAAAGUGCUGAAUCCAUAGCAGAAAGGGCUGGGAAAAAUGUGCUGAUUGAGGAAACCACUCCACGGAUUCGAAGGGGAAGAGUGCCUGCAAGGAGAAGCCAGAAGCUGACUGACAAGAUCACAGCUCUUCAAAAGCUGGUUUCCCCUUAUGGAAAGACUGACACAGCUUCUGUUCUUCAAGAGGCUUGCAUUUCCAUUAAAGCCCUGCAAGAUCAGAUUCAGAACUUGUGCAUUGCAUCCCAUGGCCACUCUGAUCAGAAAACGGGAGACGAAAAUGAAGCCGGGCUGCGAAAUAAAGGGCUCUGCCUGGUUCCAGUUUCAUUGUUGCAGACAGUUGCAGACCAGGAUUUGUUCAGUCAAAUGUUGGGCAGCAUGAGUUGUUUCUCAGCAUAGGAAUGCUUGCUUGUUUCUAGCAGUAAAUAGAGUAUGGUAGAAGGCUGUUAAGGGCCUUUUUUGUUUUUUUUCUUUCAUGAUCUCCAAAUGGAGUGAAAUGUUGCCAUCUGAUAUCAUAUGGAAAUUGAGUUGAUGUGCAGAGACAAAUGACAAACCCCAAUUUCCCCCAAGGAACUUUAUCCAUUGGAUUAAAAUUUUAUGCAAUUUUAUUAGUUUUUUUUGAGGUA